CUAUUAAGACAUGCCGCAACAGUUUGACGCCACGUGAAUAUUGACACCGCUGCAUAAAACCUAAACCAGGGGACAUUUUUGUGGGACAACAGGAGACACACUCGUUCCGCUCACUCUCACUUUCGAGCAACAGAGAAGAUGCAGUUGGUGGGGAACUUGUGUGUUUUGGCGCUGGUGUCAUUUGCGUUGGUUACAGCUGAACAAAACCGAACCUCGGUGCCGUUGCAUGCGAUGGAUCUUCAGCGAGACAGGUUGGCAAACACAACGGCACCUCCAGCCAGACCGACCCUGCUCUGGCUGAUUCAUCAGUCCUUAAGCCACACGCAGAAACCUAAGGAACUUAAGGGAGGUGACUCAAAAGGCGGGGGGGGGGAUAAGAAGCAGGAACCGGAGGAAAAGAAGAAGGAACCAGAGGACAAGAAGAAGGAACCCGACGACAAGAAGAAGGAACCGGAGGACUAUAUAGACCCAGCAGUCAGGACCCGCAAGGAAGGCUGCAAGAUCUUCUACUGGAAGUCCUGGACGGCCUGCUGAAGCUCUCUGCAGCUCAAGAAGACAACGUAUACUCACACCUUGGAGCGUACUUAUAAUGUAGGUUCUGGAGCAGGCCAAAUGCUGUGAAGUGUUAAGUGUAUAAACCUUAACAAUAUCAUCAACUGCCUGGAUCUAAAAGUCCUCGUCUUCUGAAGGUUAUCGUCUUGGCAGUACAGGAUAUGUGUUCAGGAUUCAGGGCACUUCAAUAAAUAGCCCUUCAUGCUACUAUCUUUUUGGAGACUUUGAUCUGGUUCAAAUCCAAGUGCAGCAAUUGCCUUGCGGCUUUGCUCUCUACUAAGUCCUUCUCUUAGUCUCUUUGGAGCAUGAAAGCAGAGUAACGCCAAGCAUCAGACUCUUCUGUCCCAGCUUACUACUACUCUGUUUUCUCAAAGUAUGAAAACGAGCUGUUGUUUACUGUAAUCAAGUUGGGGGCUGUCAUCCUAAAACAAGUUUUAUGACACUCAAUAAAGUAUAU